GAGCACGACGACCAGUCAUCACUCGUCAGGAAACGCAAGGCGAGAGGUCGUUUCCCACAUUGCAGAAUGGCAGCCCCAAACAAUACUAGCACUCCAAAGAAGAUGGUUGUCAUCUACGCUCCGCCGGGGAUGCCGGGCCACCUGUUCCCAGCCGUGGAGCUGGGCAAGCUGCUCGUGGCGCAGGGCCUCGAGGUCACCGUCGUCCUCGGCGGGGAGGAUAGCCACGGCGCCGGUGGUUCGUUCUUCGCCGCCAUCGAGGCUGCCAGCCCGUCCUUGUCCUUCCACUGUCUCCCCCGUGCCACGCUCCCCUCCGACGUGCCCGCCGGGAGUUUGGAGGCGCAGCUUUUCGGGCUCGCGCGCGCCUCCAACCCGGACCUCCGUGACUUCCUCCGGUCCGCCUCCCCGGCCCCGGUAGCACUCGUCAUCGAUUCCUUCUGCAGCAGCGCGCUCGACGUCGGCUUCGAGCUCGGCAUCCCGACCUACUUCUUUCACACCACUUGCAUCGCCAGCGUCGCCUUCUGUCUCUACCAGCAAGUCAUCCAUGAGCAGACCGAUCUGAGCUUCCAAGACCUCGGUGGUGACCUUUUGCACGUCCCGGGAUUACCACCGAUACCAGCAGAUCACCUGCCCGCGUUUAUCCUAGAUCGCGACAGCUUGAGCACUAAGUUCUUCCUGGGCGCAUCCGAACGCUUGUGCAACUCGCAGGGCCUUAUUGUCAACAGCUGCCGCUCCUUGGAGCCGCGGGCCACCGAUGCCAUCAUCUCCGGCCUCUGCACGCUCCCCGGGCGACGAACACCGCCGCUGCACUGCAUAGGGCCGCUGAUAAAGCCCGACGAGGCUGGGACGCUGCGCCACGAGUGUCUCGCGUGGCUCGAUGGCCAGCCGAAGGCAACUGUGGUAUUUCUCAGUUUCGGCAGCUUGGGCCGGUUCAGCGCUGAGCAGAUCAAGCAGAUUGCGGCGGGGCUGGAGACGAGUGGGCAACGGUUCUUGUGGGUUGUCCGGCGCCCGACCGGCGACGAGCACCAGCCGGCCGACGACCUCGACGCACUUUUUCCGGAAGGCUUUCUGCACCAUACCAAGGAGAGGGGACUGGUCGUCAUGUCGUGGGUGCCGCAGCAGGCAGUGCUGGCGCACGGCGCGGUGGGCGGGUUCGUGACACACUGCGGAUGGAACUCGGUGCUGGAGGCGGUCAUGGCGGGGGUGCCGAUGCUGGCGUGGCCUCUGUACGCCGAGCAGCACACAAACAAGGUGUUCUUAGUCGAGGAGAUGCGGCUGGCCGUGGCCAUUGGAGGGUAUGACAAAGAAAUGGUGGAAGCCCAGGAGGUGGCGGCGAAGGUGAGGUGGCUGAUUGAGUCCGAUGGUGGGCGGGAGCUCCGGCAGCGGACGCUCGCGGCCAUGCGGCAAGCGAAGGAGGCGCUGGACGACGGUGGUGAGUCAAGAACAGCGUUGCUGAACCUUGCGAGAGAGUGGAAAAACGCCGGCGACAUUGGAAAUUAUGCAAUCAUCAACUGAAGAUGCUGCUUUCAAAUGUUACUUCCAUUUAAUAGGUACCAUGUAUGUCAUUUGCUGACCUUUGAAAUGAUGCCAACAGCGAACCAACCUGUGGUUGGAUGGUUAGAGGGACUGCGGUAUCCUGGUGCUCGCAUUUAUUCCUGAAUUUAUUUCAGGAUUUACUACCUUUUUAUUGAAUGUUCAACACAGAGAUAUUGUUCAGUUCUGUGCCGUGGAAAACAAGUUCAGCAAACUUAUUUAUUUUGUGUUGACAAUUAUUAUUUUUGAAACAAUGGAUGCAUCAUCAAUAUC